AUCAGACCACUGUGCUUACGGUAGCGUCUAUGCGUGCAUUUACACGCUCCGGCUGCAGCAGUUGUUGUUGAACGACUGUCGGGCACACUUUCACAUCCUCGAAACCGUACGUCGAUAUGCGGCGCGACAUUCCUCGGCGUGAAUUACGCAAGUUCCUUAACUGUUGCGGCACUAGCGGUAGGCAUUCCGCAGUGGUAAGGUGCAGUGUUACGACAUCGUUCCUUUCAUGUGCGCGUGUUUUCGAAAGGCCUCCAGCUCGCAUGUGGUGGUGCAGCUGUACGAUUUUGAAGUAGGAUGACUCACGCUGCCUUUGUGCUCCAACUCCUCGAUAUCGCCGUCACUAUUGUUUGGCCCACGCUUCGCUGCAGCUGCGCCAGUACGCGACGACCGUCUUCACGAGGCUCAAACCGAGGCUACGCUUGACUGGGCCUCCGAACCUACCACGGGUGUUAUACGGUUGUGCGCUCGUGUAGGUGUAGUACACCGCUGUGCGCACGAUUGUGCUCGUGAAAAAGUUUGGUGACACUCGAGGAAUUUGUCACACGACCACAAGAUGUGGACGGGAAAAAUCCGCAAGGGCGUCCGCGCACAUAUGGCAGAGACAGUGGCCACCAACCCCCUGGGAGACUCGCUGCUCCAAUUCUCUCUCGACCUGUACAAACAGCUUGUCUCAAAGAAUGGCUCCAGUGGAAACAUCUUCUACUCUCCCUUCAGCAUCUGCGCCGCUCUCUCCAUGGCUCUGUCCGGAGCACGCAAUGCCACUGCCAAGCAGCUCGCCGAUGUCCUGCACGUCAGCAGCGACGACGUUCACAAGCAUUUUGCCAGCUUCCUCUCUAAGCUUCCUGGCUUUGCCCCGGACGUGAAGCUGCACGUGGCCAACCGGAUGUACUCGGAGCAGACGUUUCCGGUACUGGACAGCUACCUCGCCCUUCUUCGGGACUCCUACAGCGCCACGAUUGAAUCGGUCGACUUCAAAACAAACUACGAAAACGUUAGGCAGCAAGUUAACGCCUGGGUCGAACAAGCCACGGAAUCGAAGAUCAGAGACCUUCUUCCACCUGGAAGCGUGGACGGCUUGACCAGUCUGAUACUUGUGAAUGCCAUCUACUUCAAGGGUCUUUGGAACUCGCAGUUUGAUCCCAAGUCAACGCACCGUUCCAAUUUUCACUUAGACAAGAAGAACAAGAAGGAAGUGGACAUGAUGUACCAGAAGAACGAUUACAAAAUGGGUCACAAUGAAGAACUCGGCGUGAGUGCUUUAGAGAUACCGUACCGGGGUGGAAAGACGUCCAUGGUUAUCCUUCUGCCCGACGAUGUCGAAGGACUGUCUCAAAUUGAGGACCGCCUGACCAGUCAGAAACUUUCUGACCUCUUGAAGCAUCUUUCGUUUCGAUCGGAUGUCAAGCUCUACCUCCCGAAGUUCAAGCUAGAACAGACGAUCAACCUCAAGGCAAAUUUGACUGCUAUGGGAAUCGAAGACUUCUUCACACCGUCUGCUGACCUCACCGGUAUCAGCGCGAGUGGGAAGCUUUUGGCCUCAGAAGUGUUUCACAAAGCUUUCGUGGAGGUCAACGAGGAAGGCACGGAAGCUGCUGCGGCCACUGCCAUUGUUAUGAUGACCUACUGUGCGCGAUUCGAUGACGUUCGAUUUGUUGUAGAUCGCCCGUUCAUGUUCAUCAUACGCAGUCAUGAUCCAGAUGUAGUGCUUUUCAGUGGGGUCUGUCCGCCAACUCUAAGCAGCGAAAUGCACGAGUAAAUGACUCCAGCGAAGCACAUAAUAGGGGUCCAAUCAGUUAUACCUUGCUGACAUAUUCCACUAAAUUAUCGCUACUUGUUCAUGCUACACUAUCCUCAACUCUCUAGUCGUAAUAAAGGAGGUG